AUGUCCGAUCAUAAUGAAGAACAACGGAAACGACGGCAACGUCGGCGUCGCAUUCAAUCCGCUCCAUUUCAAUCAUCCAAUGAUACAUUCGACCCCUCUCGAUACACUAAACAUCUUAUCCAAAGACUACGAGAUGCUGAAUUAAUUGAUGAUGAUGAUAAACCAAUUGUAGCUAAGCAAACACGACAUAUUCAUAAUUAUCAACAUGCAAUUCCAUUUCGGCAGCAAUUAAUUGAACAAAUCAUAUAUGAGAUUAAAGAUAUUGAACGAAAAAUUCACGUUGAUCUGAAAAUUCAAGAAGACGUACACGACAAACAAGUCGCAUGCACACUUCGACAAGCAGAAGCUGUGCAUCAAAAAAAAGUGCGAGAAAUGGAAUUGCUUAAUAAUCGAGAUACGAUUCGAAAAAUUAUCGAAGGUCUACUAGAGGAAAAUACACCAGAAGCUCAACGAAAUCGAAUUCAUAAACUCGAAAAAAAACUUCGUCAACUUAGACAAGAACACAAUGAAUUGGUUGAACGUGUUAAUCAAAAUGCAACGAAAUGUGACAAUAAUCAAACAGCUCAUGAUGAUCAAAUUAACGAACUGAAGAAACGAUUUGAUGAUUAUAGAAUAGAAAUUAAUCAAUACACCAGCCAAACUAUGAGAACGAUUGGUGAUCUUGAACGACGUCUCGAGCGAUUACGUGAAAAACAAGAUGAACAUGGUAUAGCCAUCAAAGAUCUUUCUCUUCAACGAGAUACUCUCAAUAAGUUAGCUCAACAAAUUGAAGAGAUCAUCAAUGCUCGUCAUUCCGAUCUUAAUCAAUUGAACAAAUUCAUCGAACGACUCGACGAAAUCAAUCAUUUAUUUAAUCAAGUUCAAGCAGGACUUUAUCCACUUAGUAAAAUUCCUUCGUUAGAACGAGAAAUUGAAAAAAUUCGAAAUCUCCUAAUUGAACCUAAUGUAUUCAACGAAUUAGAAUCACGUGUUAGUCAAGCACAACGAGAUAUUAUUAGUCAUAAUGGUGAAUUGACUCAAUUUAAUGAAAAACUAACUACGUUUGAUUUAUUAUAUCGAGAACUAAAGAAAAGCUUUGAUAGAAUUCAAAUCAAUGAUUUAUCAGCUAUGCAACAAUAUCUUCGAACGAUUGAUAGUGAUUUAAAACAAAAAUCAUUAGAAAUUAAUCAACUAUCUACUUUGGCUCGAACAGCACUUAAUCAAAUCAAUGAACUACAUACAUCUCUGACAAAUAUUAAUGAGAAAUUAGCUGAUUUAGAAAAUAAAAUCUUCGAUAUUGAAAAUUUCAAGUCAAGACUCGAUAAAUCAGAGCUGAAAUCGGAUGAUUCACGAUUUGCUGAGAUCUUCGAAGAACAAAAGCGACUUCGACAUCGAUUAGAUAAUUUAAUUGAUCAAGAAAGACGAUUAAAUGAUCUAGCUAAUGCUGCAAAUGAAAUUCAACGUCCAUUGGAUCAGUUAACUACAUCUGAUCCGACGAAUCAAGACAAUACCCACGCUCGCGAUCAAGCUGCUCUAGAAGAUUAUCUAAAGCAAGUAAAAGAACAAAUAAUGGACACAGUAUCAACUCUGAUGCAACAGUUGAUUGAACAAAUCAACAAAGCUAAAGUGCUAAUCAGUAUUUGUAAAACAAAGCUUGAUCAUUUACUCAAUACUCAAAAACAAAAUCGACUUGAGAUCUCUCAAUCGAAACCGCCUUCAAAAUCCAGACUAUUUCCUUAUGUUGAAGCAUUACAACCAACUGAUUUACUACAAGAUAUUUGGACAUAA